UUCAAAAAAAAAAAAAAAAAAAAAAAAAAAAAUUCUGCUUUUUGAGAAAGAUAGAGAUCAUAUGGGGAAAUGGGACCUUAUUUCCUCAAAAAGCAAAUCGGUGAUACAAAACGCACCUGAUCUAACGACUGUGAAGGGGUGGUGUUUGAGCUCUUACGGUUACGGCUGGGCUGUUGUUGCCAAGGUUGAUGACGUCGUUAGGACGAAGGUGAUCCAGUCCAUGCAAGAUGAGGAAGCCAGUUCCGAGAUCGGUCGGAUUGCUACCAACUUUGCUAAAAGCGCUGCGGUUCUUGCUCGCGAGGAGGGCCUGAAAACCAUCACAGGUCUGUCAUUACAACUACAUACACUAUCACACGUCGUUAGGACGAAGGUGAUCCAGUCCAUGCAAGAUGAAGAAGCCCGUUCCGAGAUCGGUCGGAUUGCCACCAACUUUGCCGAAAGCGCUGCGGUUCUUGCUUGCGAGGAGGGCCUCAAAACCAUCCCAGGUCAAUCAUUACAACUACAUAUACUAUUACAGGUCGUUAGGACAAAGGUGAUCCAGUCCAUGCAAGACGAGGAAGCCCGUUCCGAGAUCGGUCGGAUUGCUACCAACUUUGCUAAAAGCGCUGCGGUUCUUGCUCGCGAGGAGGGCCUGAAAACCAUCACAGGUCUGUCAUUACAACUACAUACACUAUCACACGUCGUUAGGACGAAGGUGAUCCAGUCCAUGCAAGACGAGGAAGCCCGUUCCGAGAUCAGUCGGAUUGCCACCAACUUUGCUAAAAGCGCUGCGGUUCUUGCUUGCGAGGAGGGCCUCAAAACCAUCCCAGGUGGGACGUUAUUUUAUAAGAUUGUUUCGCAAUCUCUCUAUAAUGAAAAGUUGUAUGGGGGUAAUGACGUGGAGACAAAGGCAUUGCAAGCUAAGAUAAGCAAAAUGGAGGAAGAAAUCACAGAAUGCAAGAAAUUAAUUGAACGAGCAAAGAUACAUAAGCCUUUUGAUGAUUUCAAGCUAGAGAAUAUCUCUUCUUCCUUCGAAUCAAAUGUAGAUGAAAAAACAGAGGAUGUGAUUGGAGACUUCAUGAAUUUUUGGAUGAUUUGAUAGUUCCUACCAUUAGAAUAACUAGGAUGAAUUCUAAGUAGAAGGCAAGACAAGAUGGUGGAGUGAUGAAAUAAUUGUUAACUAUUGGGAUGAUAAAUAUUGUAUGUCUCAGAUUUUGUGUAAUUAUUGUGAAAACAAACCCCCC